AUGUCAAUGAAAGGUUCCCAGAUUAAAGGUGGCAAACUAACCAUCAAACUCGGGACAUUCGAGUACAAUAGCCCAGGAGGAUCUCAAGCACACAACAGGGCCAGUGGAAUCAUGUCUCUCAAUCACGACAGUGUCACAGUCGCGCCGUUAGUCCUACUAUCGGUUUUGGACCAUUACCGCCGUAUAAAUACGCCUCAAGGCAAAAGAUGUGUUGGUGUUAUUCUGGGUGACAGCAGCUCUUCCACGGUGAGGGUGACGAACUCGUUUGCCCUGCCAUUCGAGGAAGACGAAAAGAACCCUGAUGUGUGGUUCUUGGACCACAACUACAUAGAGAGCAUGAACGAAAUGUGCAAGAAGAUCAACGCCAAAGAGAAACUGGUGGGUUGGUACCACAGUGGACCUAAGCUAAAGUCUGCGGAUCUCAAAAUAAACGACGUGUUCAAGAAAUACACCAGCAGCAACCCGCUGUUACUGAUUGUGGAUGUGAAACAGGAGAGCGUGGGGCUUCCCACGACCGCAUACAUGGCUGUGGAGCAGGUAAAGGACGACGGCACUUCCACAGAAAAGACGUUUCUGCACUUGCCCUCGUCCAUCGAGGCGGAAGAGGCAGAAGAGAUUGGUGUUGAGCACCUGUUGCGGGACGUGCGCGACCAGGCCGCCGGAGGCCUCUCUAUCAAACUGACCAACCAGCUGAAGUCGCUGCAGGGCCUUCAAACAAAGCUCAGCGGCAUUGCAAGCUACCUCACUAAGGUCAGUGAAGGACAGCUCCCCGUCAACCACGUUAUUCUAGGCAAGCUCCAGGACGUGUUUAACUUGUUGCCAAACCUCGGGGUACCGGACGAAGACGAAAUGGCUGAACUGGAUCCCCAGAUGCUCACCAACGCAUCCAGCACUCUCCAAAAAGCCCUUGCCGUCAAGACGAACGACGAGCUCAUGGUGAUUUAUGUAAGCAAUCUCGUCAGAGCUAUCAUUGCCUUCGACAACCUGAUCGAGAACAAGAUCCAAAAUGCGAAAACACAGCUCAAGAAUAAGCCAGAUACUGAAAGCGAAAAGCCCGAAGUCGAUGGCAAAGACGAGAAAACUACUGCUGACGACAUAGCAUCAGCACCUUAG